AAGGAGGGAUCUUGGCUCCUGCAGCCAUUUCCCCUGCAGGGCUCAGCUCUUUGGCUGGCUCGCCAGUUCCUUAGCAGAGGGGCUGCUGGCAGGGGCAACAUCUGAGCAGGUCAUGAAGCCUCAAGAGGCAGAGCUUGUCACUGAAAUCUCCAAGUUGCAAUGCAUGGUCUCAGAGCUGAAGACGGGGUUCACCAGCGCUCUGCUGGAGCUCAGUCAGAUCCAACAUGGAGACACGUACCUGCGGGAGGAGCUGGGGGAGAACCGGAGGAUCUGCCAGAAGAAAGCUCUUCGUUUGGAGACUCUGGUCGAGUCACUGAGGGAAGAACUUGGGGUGAUGCAGUGUCAGAUCCUACAGCUGUACAGUAACAGACAGAGACCUCUGCAGGAUGGAAAGAGCUCUACAUCCAAACACAGAGAAAGAGAAGUAAAACCUGCAGAGGAACAUGUUGCCAUCUGUCCUCUGUUGUGCAGCAGUGACCCAGCAGAGUCGGCCUGUGAACAGUGCGACUGUUCGUCUGCUCCAGCAGCCUUUCUGUCCAGAGGGAAACUACUCCUCCACUGCUUCCUGCAGGGCCUCAAAGCAGGGCUCAACGAAGGCACGGAUGCACGGCAUCAGGUGGCGAUGCAACUUCUGCAUUCUGAGUGGGAGUACGUGUCGACCUUAAAUCAGCUGUAUGAAAAAUACAAGACACCAGCAGCUCAUCAGAUGACCGUGGAGCCAUAUCAGACAUACGUAAAGAUUGUGGAGCAGCUGUUACAGCGGCAUCUGCUCUUCAGAAACACCCUGCAGGAGCGGUUAUCUGCUGAGCACUGGAAAUCUCUGGUUGGAGACAUCCUGGUGCAGCUUAUCGGACAAAAUGACACAGCCUUUUCGGAUAUGUACCUUGAAUACACAACCAGCCUGGCGUCAUUCCUCUCACUGGAGUUCAACAGAUUAAAUCAUUCAGAGAAUAUACAGUGCGGCCAGAUGGAGAGAGAGGAAAUGAAACUGCUCUCCCAGCUGUUGGCACCUGUCUCUCGCAUACACAGCUACCUGAGCCACAUUCAGAACUUGUUGCAGUGGACGGGUAAAGAGCAUCCUGAUUGCAGCCUCCUGCUGGGGACUGAGCGAGCGCUGAGGAGCAUUUUGUCCCGCUGUCAUGAGAUCCUGGAGGAAGACGUCCGAUGGGAGGAAGGAGAAGGAGCUGGACAAAGCUGCUCUGAUGCAGCGGCUGGUGGAUCCUCUGCAAAUUGUUGCACAAGGAACCAACAGACCAGAGAAUCCCAGCACGAGUCCAACACUGCAGCUCAGAGAGAUGACCAGCAGGCUGUCAACCUCACUAACGGAGUCGACGGCAGUCACUCGAUGCGUCUGGAGUGCUGGUCCUGCAGCCCAGUGAGGAGGAAGGGCUGUGGAAGCGACCGGACCCUCCUGAACCAGCCGGCCCGGGACUGUGGACACGCUUACUGCACCCUCGUCACUCCUGACGCAGCAGCAUGGGGAGAGAACAGCGACUCAGGCCAGGGCACCUACAGCCAGCCCAACGGGAAAGGUAGCACCGGGCUGGAGGCACCUCACACCAACCACAGCCUUGAGGACUGCGAGACAGACCCAGAUGACACCUCAGCCUUUGAUUACUCCUCCGUCACCUCCUGCAGCCCUGACGGCACACUCCGCAGGGAGAUGAUGAGCAGUAACAGUGGGGAGGAUGAAGAGGAGGACAGCCAGGUGCCGGUGCUGUUGAAGCCCUCAUACAGCCAGCAGCAGCAGUCGAGGGAGCCACCCAGAGAGAGGACUGUGUGUUUGAGGUGGCAGAUUCCCAGAUUAACCCCUCACCCACCUCUGAGAAGCACUGCAGGGCCGUGUGUGGAUGUGCCGACGCCAUGCCUCAUCAGCUCCUACGGGAAGCGGCUGGUCAAUGUCAGGAAGGGGUCUACUCCUUUACAUCCAAAAAGUGCCUUCAGGCCCAUCUGGGAUGAUCCAUCCAAACAGGCUGAUGCAGCUCCAGAGAAAGACCACAGACAAGGCUUCGUACCGAUUCAAGCUCCAGCGAGGCAAAGCUUUCAAAAUGUCAACCCGAGUAGAGAAAAUCUGAGACCAGGCCUGCCUCAGCAGAGAGGUAACCAUACUGCAGCCAUGAGCGGUGGAGGGUUGUGGGAGGACAGUGAGGACAGUGAGGGACCCUGCAGCACCGUUUGACCCUCACCCAGCCCCAGAGACAUGAGGACUAUUACUAAAAACUGUUGAACACAAAACUUUGAACUUACUGUCCAACUUGAGCCCAAUUUGUGAUUUCUUUGAUGGACACAUUUCCCCCAAAGGCCAUGACAGCAAUGCAUGUAUGUCAAAUUAGUAACCCUUAAAAAAGUUUAGUUUCUUUGUUAAAGCUGAACCUUUGUAAACAUGACAGACAUCUUUAUUUGGCACUUAGGUUUACUCAGAUUACCUACAUUUUACAAUUGAUAGAAGUAUUUCUUUUUUUUUUAAACGCAGGUUCGACUGACGCAUUUCGGGCAAAUUUGCAUUUAAAAAGUUAAAUAUUCCAGACAAUUGUAUUUUAACUGAAGGUGAAAUGGUUUAUAUAACAUCAAUGUGUAGCUAAAGAAAGGUAACAUUACUAAUGUUAUGGAUGUUAUGGAACGUUAAUACAUAUUUAACUUUAAUUUAAGACUAGAGUUUGAGUUUAAGACUAGCUAGAUUUUAAUAUCUAGCUAGCUAAAGGAAACAGUAUAGGUAGAAACACUUGGAAAUACGCUUAUUUUGCUUUCUGGUGGAGAGUUAACGUUUACUAGCCAAAGGUAACUUAGCUAGAUGAGGUCUUCUGAUAGCAAGUUAACAUUGGCUAGCUAGAUAGCUAUUUUGCUAUGAAGCUAUGUUACACAUAACAGCCGGCUAGCUUAAAGCUAGCUUAGCACAAAGUCCGGAAAAAGCCAGCCAAGCCCAAUUAAAUAGUAACAGAAUCAACCUAAAAGCACUUUUAAAACUCAAUAAUUAGCAUGGUAUAUCUCGUUUGUUUAAUUAGUCCAAAAACACAGGUGUUACUCAGACACAAGAAGUAUAGUCAUAAAUACAGAAAUCAUUUUGUGGUAGGCCUAUCACUCUUCUCAUUUGACUCUCAACAAGCAAGCGAAAAAGCCAAACCUAUUUCUUUAUCAAUUCCUCAAUCUUUUCAACGUGCCAACAUCUGGCUUUAGCUUAUGCAGAAAGCUAAAUUUCCUGAAAAAAAACAAGAGAAUUGAAUAGUUCAGUACAAAAUAAGACUGGGUGAUUUAUUAAUCUCAUCAAGACCAUUAAUACAAAGCAGUUAAAAGGCCACAUACCAUCAAAUAAACCGACUGCUGGAUCAAGCUGUUACAGUGCCACCGGAGGAAAACCAAUCUGUUAUUCUGUCAAGGCUGGGGUUUAAAAACAAAACUAACAUAGAAAACAAAAAGUCAAAUUUGGCGAGAUUAACCCCACCAGUACUGAAACUUCAAAACGGGGAAAUGGACAUGAGUGAAGACCUUCUUUUUACAGUCACUGAUGAAGACAGUGAAGGGAUUUGACUUCAGCUGUCAUCCUCCAGAACUCCCCUUUUAUCUCUAGUAUGAUCAGAAGUUUAAUCAUCCAUCAUCACGUGCACAGAACACAGCAAGAACAAGGGGCAUGAGUGAGAUAUUGAAAUUAUGCUGACAUUCAGCUCAUGGUGGUCAGACAUCCUCAGAUGUUGUGUCUUUUAAAACACACAGGGAUAAAAGUGAGGUGGUCGACUUUUGUUUGUCUGCCCUGAUCCAUGUAGGAAGUGAGUUUCAACAGUUGCAUACGGCCAUUGCAUUUACAAACAUGACCUAUAACAACUGGGGCUCUUCAACAGUACAGCCUAAAGUGCACAAAGUGUGUUUCUCAGAAAAAAAAAGUCAAAUUCUUCACUAUGCUCAAAUACUUGCAAUUGAAUAUAAGUUUGUGUAUGUUCAACUGCAACUUUAAUACAAUUCCAACCUCUAUUUAAUGAGUGUUAGCAUUAAAAAUCUUUGAAAAGGAGAAUAGACAAUUAGUAGGAUGUACAAAGUGAAGCACACGUCUAAGUAAGUGCUUGGCAUUUUAAACUGUAUUUCUUUUUUCUAUUUUUUCAUUGCGUUAAAACAGCUAAGGGGCAGGGAAGAAAAAAAUGGCUUUCCUCAGUUAAUACUCCCAGUGUUUCAACUGGAGAUUGUCUGUAAGUAAGUUAGUGACAGUGACCUGUUUUUUUCUGGUUUAGUUUUUUUGUUUUUUUUAUCCGACUGUAGCAGCAUUGGAUUAUUAGGCAAUAUUCGACUGAACAGAUGCGGAUGAGGGUACAAUA